AUAAAGGGCACAAACCUGCUAUUCUUGCCAUCGACCCAUCAAGUCAGAAAACCAAAGGAAGCAUCUUGGGUGAUAAAACAAGGAUGGAGAGUUUGUCAUCUCAUCCACAAGCUUUUAUAAGACCUUCUGCGACUAAUAAUGUGCUAGGAGGUACAGCAGCAGUAACCAAAGAAACCAUUCAAAUUUGUGAGUCAGCUGGUUACGACAUCAUCAUCGUAGAGACCGUAGGUGUA